AUGGAAGAUCAAAUACAAAAAUAUAUUAUUGCUAAGAAAAAAGCAAAAACUGAAGACUUGAAUUUGCCGGGAGCUUUAAGUCACGGCAAAUUCGGACCGAGCCCAAGUGCACUCAAUCGAAAUAUGAAAGAUGCAUUUGUUUUGAGAAUCAACCCACUUCAUCUCGACUUGCCAACUACUCAUCUGCCAACUGCGCAUUUCAAUCACAAUGAGUUGAACUCCCGAUUGAAUAGACACACUAGUCGGGAAGAGAUGACUUUGUCUGAAGAGUUCGGUGGAAGAGCCCCAUUUUUUCUUCAGAAUAUGUCUUAUGUUGAUGAUGACAACGAGCCUCGGAAACUUUUCACUUUGUAUGAUAUUAAGAAUGAUGAGACUUCAAAAAGUGCUUUAGAUGCCAAACGUCGUCUCAGAUACACCAACGUCAAUCUUCUAAUCUGCCCGCAAGAGAAGAUGUUUUUGACGACAGCAUGUGACUACUUUCAAGCCAUUUAUGAUGAGUUGAUAGAAUAUGUGGAAGCUAUAGGGGAGUUGCGAAAUAAGCAAAUAAUUGUCGAUCACUCCUACUACAAGUUGUAUAUGCACACUUUGAAAAUGUUCUACUACACUGACAAGGGUUGGCGCUUUGUUGUUGAAUUCGAUGAGUUCUUUAGCGGAUAUAUGCGGAAGUACAAGGAGCCAAUAGUGAACCAAAUGACUCAGAAUUGGAACAACGCCAAGAAGGCAGCAAGGGAGGCAGCCAAGCAACUAGCUCUCAAGAGGGCUGCUUUGGAGGUUGAAGCUGAUGAAGUUUGA